AUGGCAUCUUGUAUACCUCCAGAUCGUUUUAGUGAAAAUGAUCUCAAGAAAGCGUUGGAAUACGCCUCAUCAAACCUCGGCUUUGUGGACGGGUUUAGAGUGGAACAAAGAGAAGCAUUGACGUCGUUCCUCCGUGGUCACGACUUAUUCGUAAGUCUUCCGACUGGAUUCGGUAAGAGCGUUAUCUUCCAAGCUGCUCCUUAUUGUGUAGAUUAUCUCCGCAAAUUGCAGGAUCCUGACAUUUAUACUCCGAAGUCCCUGGUAAUCGCAGUGAUGCCUCUGAAAUCGUUAAUUUCAGAUCAACUGAACAGAGCAAAGGAUCUGAGACUUGAAGCAGCGGACAUGACGGGAGGAGUCACUGACCACAUCAGCGAGGGCAUCUCGUCGGGGAAGUUCUCCGUACUAUACGCAAGCCCCGAGAGCCUCCUAGGAGAUGAAGGCAAAGAUCUCUUCGACAUUCCUGCUUUGAAAGAAAGGCUGUGUGGUCUUGUGAUCGACGAAAGUCAUUGUGUGACAAAGUGGGGGACUUCAUCAGGAGACACUAAGGUAUUCAGGAGCGCUUAUGGCAAGUUAGGAGAGGUGAGGGCCAAGCUGAAAUCUUCAGUUCCCACGAUAGCCCUCACUGCAACAUCAACCAAGCAGGUGAGGAGGUCUGUUGCUGAUAACUUAGGCCUUCGCAACUUCGUAUCAAUCAGCAAAUCGCCAGAAAAGAGGAACAUUAAGCAUGCUGCGUUCAAAGCACGGAAGGACUUUGACUCCAUGUUUGGAUGGCUUAUUGACGAUGUGAAAACGAUGGGAGAUGGUUGCGACAGAGUAAUCAUCUACCGCAGUCCAGGAAGGUGGUAUGUGGAUAUGUUCCACACCAAUACGGAACAUGACGUUCAACAGAGCAUAAUUGAAAGUUUCAGCCAUGAAGAUGGAUGCGUAAGAGUGUUAAUAGCAACGAUUGCGUAUGGAAUGGGCGUGGAUGUCAAAUGUGUUUACAGCACCAUUAUCUGUGGAAGGUGUACCGACCUCGAUGACUACAUGCAGAUGAGUGGUCGCAUCGGCAGAGAUGGGAAACCAAGUGUAGCCAUCACCAUACAGUUUCCAGGGGAUGUUGCUGGAAGAACAAUGACAGAAAGCAUGAAGGACUUCAUGAAGGGCGAUCGUUGCCGCCGAGAAGUUGUUAGAUAA